GAGUCAGUCCACAGUGUAAUCUCAGAAAGGAGGGUGUGAGCCAGCGUUUGUAAGUGGAAGUAGAACUUCCCGAACUUCACACAGCACAAGGAUUUUUCUCUCUUCGAUAUGCUGGCUGUCCGCUUCUCUUUAGCAUUGAAGAACUCUUUCCACCGCUGUUGACAAUGCAAGGACGGGCGAGCAGGACUUCAAAGAAGGAGCUGGUCAUUGAGAGUCCUCAGCAGUAUAAGACAGCCACUGACGCUGAGGUAGACGUAGUGGCACAGGUGGCGGUGAAACCAAAAGUGAUUGAGCCCCUGGACUAUGAAAAUGUUCUGGUUCAAAGGAAGACUCAGAUCCUCAGUGAUGUCCACAGAGACAUGCUGCAGUUUCCCCUGGAAGACUUUGAGAUUUCAACUGUGAGACGACACGGACGAACUCUGUAUUCAACAGUGCCUGAAAAUGCAGAGAGGGAAGCCCAAAGUCUGUUUGUCCAAGAGUGCAUUAAAACCUACAAGACUGACUGGCACGUUGUCAACUACAAGUACGAAGACUAUUCUGGAGACUUUCGGCAGCUUCCACACAAAGUGUCCAGGCCUGAAAAACUGGCGGUCCACGUAUUUGAAGUAGACGAGGAUGUUGACAAAGAUGAGGACGCAGCUUCCCUUGGAUCCCAAAAAGGAGGGGUCACCAAACACGGCUGGCUAUAUAAAGGCAACAUGAACAGCGCCAUCAGUGUUACCAUGAGGUCCUUCAAGAGGAGGUACUUCCACCUCACUCAGCUGGGAGACGGCUCUUACAAUUUAAACUUCUACAAGGAUGAGAAGAUCUCCAAAGAGCCCAAAGGAACCAUUUUCUUGGAUUCCUGCAUGGGUGUGGUUCAGAACAACAAGGUUCGGAGGUUUGCUUUCGAGUUGAAGAUGCAAGACAAGAGCACGUACCUCCUGGCUGCAGACAGCGAGGCAGAGAUGGAAGAGUGGAUCAGCACGCUCAACAAGAUCUUACACAGCAGCUUUGAAGUCGCCAUGCAGGAGAAGAGGAACGGAGAGGUUCAUGAUGAUGAUGAACUUGGAAAGUCAGAUAGUUCCUCUGGCAGCAUGGACAGCUUUCAGAGCACGCGAGACAUUGAAUCCAGGAUGAGGAACGAAACCAGAAUGAAGCUGUUCACUCUGGAUCCUGACACUCAGAAACUAGAUUUCUCUGGAAUAGAACCAGACGUGAAGCAGUUUGAGGAGAAGUUUGGCAAGCGCAUUCUCGUGAGCUGCAAUGACCUCUCCUUUAAUCUGCAAAGCUGUGUGGCGGAAAACGAGGAAGGACCGACAACCAAUGUGGAGCCGUUUUAUGUCACCCUGUCACUGUUCGACAUCCAGAACAGCAGAAAAAUUUCUUCUGAUUUCCACGUGGACCAAAAUCAUCCGUCUGUCAGGGGCUUGGUGGCCAACAACAGCAGUCAGUAUCUGAAUGGAGGAGGAGACGCCCACACUGCUGGACAGCGACUGCUUCACGGGGUGCCUGAGGCCGCCAUGCAGUAUCCCAGACUGGGAGUUUUCUCUGUCACAUGUCCACAUCCAGAUAUCUUCCUGGUGGCUCGCAUAGAAAAGGUACUGCAGGGUGGAAUCGCUCACUGUGCCGAGCCGUACAUGAGGAGCUCGGACUCCACCAAGGUGGCACAGAAGGUCCUGAAAAAUGCCAAGCUGGCAUGUAGCCGGUUGGGCCAGUACAGGAUGCCGUUUGCCUGGGCAGCAAGGCCGUUGUUCAAAGAUGCUUCUGGGACACUUGACAAAAGUGCUCGCUUCUCGGCUCUCUACAGACAAGACAGCAACAAACUGUCCAAUGACGACAUGCUGAAACUGCUCGCUGACUUUAGAAAGCCUGAGAAGAUGGCUAAGCUGCCGGUAAUCUUAGGGAACCUUGAUGUUACCAUUGAUAACAUAGCUCCUGACUUGACAAAUUGUGUUACCUCAUCCUACAUUCCCGUGAAGCAGUUUGAUAUCAGCCAGAAGACCAACAGCAUUUAUUUUGAAGUGGAGGAGUUUGUGCCGUGUAUAGCCAAAUGCUCUCAGCCUUUCACCGUCUACAACAAUCACCUCUAUGUUUACCCAAAGCACUUGAAGUACGACGGCCAAAAGUCAUUUGCAAAGGCUAGAAACAUAGCUGUCUGUAUUGAGUUCAAGGACUCGGAUGAAGAAGAGGCUGUUUCACUGAAGUGCAUCUAUGGCCGACCUGGAGGACCGCUGUUUACCAAAAAUGCCUUUGCUGCAGUCUUACAUCACCAGCACAACCCUGAAUUCUAUGAUGAGUUUAAGAUUGAGCUGCCAACCCAGCUUCAUGAGAAACACCAUUCUCUUACCUUCUACCACGUCAGCUGUGACAGCAACAGCAAAGCCAGCACGAAAAAGAGAGAUGUUGUGGAGAUGCAAGUGGGUUACGCCUGGCUCCCCUUGCUCAAGGACGGCCGUGUGAUUAUGGGUGAGAGUCAAAUCCCUGUUGCUGCUAACCUGCCUGUGGGAUACCUCAGCUGCCAGGAGGGUGUCAACAAGCACUCGGGUCCUGAAAUCAAGUGGGUAGAUGGAGGCAAGCCUUUAUUUAAGGUGUCCUCUCACCUUGUGUCCACUGUCUACACUCAGGAUCAACAUUUGCACAAUUUCUUUCAUCACUGUCAGAAUGUAGCAUCUGCAGCCCAAGUAUCAGGAGGAGAACUGGUGAAAUACCUGAAGAGCCUACAUGCCAUGGAGAGUCAUGAGAUGAUCAAGUUCUUGCCCACCAUACUUAAUCAGCUGUUCAGGGUGCUCACUAGCGCCUCCCAAGAGGAUGUGGCUGUCAAUGUCACCAGAGUCAUGGUUCACAUUGUAGCCCAGUGCCAUGAGGAGGGCUUGGAGCACUACAUGAGGUCCUACGUGAAGUUCGUGUUCAAGACUGAGCCAUACACUUCCUCCACAACGAGAACCGUGCACGAGGAGCUGGCUAAAGCCAUGACGGCCAUCUUGAAGCCAUCUACUGACUUCCUUACCAGUAACAAACUGCUCAAGUACUCCUGGUAUUUCUUUGAAGCCUUGAUCAAAUCUAUGGCUCAGUAUCUAAUCCAGAGCAACAAAGUAAGGCUAUCCAGGAAUCAGCGUUUUUCAGCAUCCUUCUAUCACACCGUAGAGACUUUGGUCAACAUGAUGAUGCCACACAUCACCCAAAAGUACAAGGACAACCUGGAUGCUGCCAGGAACGCCAACCACAGUCUUGCAAUGUUCAUCAAGCGCUGUUUCACAUUGAUGGACAGGGGCUUUGUGUUCAAGCAGAUCAACAACUAUGUCAGCUGUUUUAUGCCUGGAGAUCCAAAGACACUGUUUGAGUUCAGUUUGAGUUCUGCUGUCGUGUGCAACCACGAACACUACAUCCCCUUGAACCUGCCCAUGCCCUUUGGAAAAGGAAGGAUAAUGAGGUUUCAAGACCUCCAGAUGGAUUAUUCCCUGACAGAUGACUUUUGUAAGAAUCACUUCAUGGUCGGGCUCCUCCUCAGGGAGGUCAGCGCAGCUCUGCAGGAGUUCAGGGAGAUUCGACAGAUAGCCAUCCAGGUGUUGAAGAACUUGAUGAUAAAGCACACAUUUGACGACCGCUACAGUUCCAAGAGCCAGCAAGCCAGGUUGACCACCCUCUACUUUCCCUUGUUUGGUCUGCUCCAAGAGAAUGUCAACAGACUGAACGUUAAGGAAGUUUCCCCAUUCACCAUCAACCACUCCAACAACAAUGCACGUGAAGAUUUCCUCUUUACCAACGCAUUGACGACUCCUCCCAGGUCCAGCACGUUUCUGGACACCAGCUUGCACAAAGAUGUUUUUGGAGCCAUUUCCGGCACUAUUUCACCUCACGCAUCAUCCACCCCCAACAUGAACUCAGUGCGCCACGCCGACUCUCGCAGCUCGCUCAUCAGCACUGAUUCUGGAAAUAGUCUGCCUGAGAGGAUCGACAAGAGCAGUUCUCUGGACAAGAACCAACCGGCCUCAGCCUCGGGCGGCACCCUGCUGCGAUGUGAUAAACUGGAACAGGCAGAGAUCAAGAGUCUUCUCAUGGGCUUCUUACAUGUGGUGAAAAGCAUGUCUGAGGAUGCACUGUUCACAUACUGGAACAAAGCUUCACCUGCUGAGCUGAUGGAUUUCUUCACUCUAGUCGAAGUGUGCCUCCAUCAGUUCAGAUAUAUGGGAAAGCGAUACAUUGCAAGGGCGGGAAUGAUGCAUGCCCGCUUACAGCAGCUCAGCAGCCUGGAUAACUCUUACACUUUUAACCACACCUACAGUCACUCAGACGCAGACGUGUUGAACCAGUCGCUGUUGGAGGCCAACAUCGCCACAGAAGUAUGCCUGACUGUCCUGGACAUGCUCAGUAUAUUCAUCAUGGGAUUCAAGACACAGCUAUGUUCUGACCACGGUCACAGUCCACUCAUGAAGAAGGUCUUUGACGUGCACCUCUGUUUCCUGCGGAUCAAUCAGUCAGAAACAGCUCUCAAGCAGGUCUUCACUUCACUGCGUACCUUCAUCUACAAGGUUUUCCCUGCACGUUUUUUUGAAGGGCGUUCCGAUAUGUGUGCUGCAUUCUGCAAGGAAAUCUUAAAAUGCUGUAACUCCAAGCUGAGCUCCAUUCGUAACGAUGCAGCCCACUUGCUCUACUUCCUCAUGAAAAGCAACUUUGACUAUACAGGUCGCAAGUCCUUUGUUCGGACGCACUUACAGGUGGUGAUUGCUGUCAGUCAGUUGAUAGCUGAUGUCAUUGGGAUUGGUACUCGCUUCCAGCAGUCUCUGUCAAUAAUAAACAACUGUGCCAAUAGUGAUAAAACUAUUAAGAACACGGCGUUCCCGUCAGACGUGAAGGACCUCACCAAACGUAUCAGAACAGUUUUGAUGGCAACAGCUCAAAUGAAGGAGCACGAGAAAGACCCUGAGAUGUUGGUCGACCUCCAGUAGUCGGCCAAGUCCUACGCCAGCACACCUGAAUUACGCAAGACCUGGCUGGACAGCAUGGCUCGAAUCCAUGUGAAGAACGGGGACCUGUCGGAGGCGGCUAUGUGCUAUGUGCACGUUGCAGCACUUGUGGCAGAAUAUCUACGCAGAAAAGGUAUGUUGAAGCAGGGCUGCUCAGCUUUCCGUGUUGUGACUCCAAACAUUGAUGAAGAAGCAGCAAUGAUGGAAGAUGUCGGCAUGCAGGACGUCCAUUUUAACGAAGAUGUCCUCAUGGAGCUUUUGGAGGAGUGUGCCGACGGACUAUGGAAAGCUGAGCGCUAUGAGCUUAUCUCUGACAUCUACAAGCUCAUCAUCCCCAUUUAUGAGAAGCGCAGAGACUUUGAGAAAUUGGCUCAUAUGUAUGACACACUGCAUCGUGCGUACAGCAAAGUGACAGAGGUCAUGCAUACAGGGAAAAGAUUGCUGGGCACCUACUUCAGAGUAGCUUUCUUUGGCCAGGCAGCGCAGUACCAGUUUACUGACUCGUACACUGAGGGCUUCUUUGAGGAUGAAGACGGUAAAGAAUAUAUCUACAAAGAACCAAAAUCCCCUCUGGUCAAGAUAUCACAGAGGCUACUUAAACUGUACUCAGACAAGUUUGGUCAAGAAAACGUGAAGAUGAUUCAGGACUCUGGAAGGGUUAACCCCAAAGACCUGGACUCUAAGUACGCCUAUAUCCAGGUCACACAAUCCAUCCUUACCUCGAGGAGAAGGGAGCUGGUGGACCGAAAGACGGACUUUGAAAAGAGCCACAACAUCCGGCGCUUUGUGUUUGAGAUGCCUUUUACCAGCUGCAAAAAGCAAGGUGGUGUGGAUGAGCAGUGUAAACGCAGGACGAUACUAACCACCACACAUUGCUUUCCCUACGUAAAAAAACGUAUAGCAGUGAUGUACCAACACCACACUGAUCUGAGUCCCAUUGAGGUGGCUAUUGAUGAGAUGAGCAAGAAGGUUGCCGAGAAACAUCUGUGCUCAUCCAGUGAAGUGGACAUGAUCCGUCUGCAGCUCAAACUGCAGGGCAGCAUCAGCGUCCAGGGUUGUGUUAAUGCAGGGCCACUUGCAUACGCGCGCUUUCUUGAUGAUACAAGUGCCAAGAAGUAUCCUGAUAACAAGGUGAAACAGCUGAAAGAAGUCUUCAGGCAUUUCGUGGAGGCCUGCGGCCAUGGACUAGGCGUUAAUGAGCGACUGAUCAAAGAGGAUCAACAGGAGUACCACGAUGAGAUGAAAGCGAACUACAGAGACCUCGCCAGAGAGCUGUCAAUCAUCAUGCGCGAGCAAAUCAGGUCCAGUGGAGAUGGCAUGAAGAAGCAUUCUUCACACUCGCUUCAAAUCUUUAACGCCAUCAGCGGCACACCGACCAGUGCCACCAUCCACGGCAUCCCCAACUCUUCGUCUGUGGUAUGAUGGUAGCCUGCAGCGCCCCCCUACGCUUGGCCAAACAGGCACAUCAGUGACGCCAUGUUGCACCUUUGUGUGAGUGAAUUUCCAGCUUCAAUCGGCUUAAAGGGAAACUGACACAAGCACAAACUUGAUUCCUUUGCUGAGUGUCUUCCCUUCGUGGAGGCACUGGACCUAUUUAAUGUGCUGCCUGGUAAACAGUGACAGUUCUGGGGUUUUGUUUGUGUUGUGUGUGUGUGUGAGACAGUGGAAGAAAGCAAGGCCGUCACUCUGGCUAGAAAUGCGAGACAACCUGUGAUGUCUGUGCAUGUUCAAAAAGGACAUGACAUGAGGUGUAGCCUAUUUGUGUGGCAGAAGACAUUCCUCUUUGGACCUAAAUAUGCAUGUCCCUAGCCCUCCCAGCAGUGCCUUUUUGUUUAUUUUGAUAAUAAGAUUUCUAUGUACAGUUUUGUUUUUAUAUAUAUAAAUCUCUUUUAUGAUUGCUACACGCUGCAAGUGCACACGUCAAACACUUAUUCUCUUUGCAGCUGAAGAUAUAUUUUCUACAAAAAUUUCCAAAACCCACCUCCUGUGAAUUACGUUCGUAUUCAAAACUUAUAAUCAGAUCAUGUCUUAGACAGAGGAGUUUUUUACAUAUUUAAACGUACUGCAUAAAAUAAGUAUAUUCCAAGUUGUUUAUUGAUGUACAUAAAAAAGGAAUGUGUGGCAAUAUUUUAAGUUUUUUCCUGUGGGGCUCAGACACUGUAAAGAUGAUGUUCACCUUCUGUGGCCAAAGCGGUGAGGUGUGGAACCAAAACUACGCCGACUGUGGAAGUAAUAUAAGCUUUUUACCAUUUUAGUGUUUUAAUGUUGAGCAAUUGUUUUAUAUUCAGGUCACUGUUGUUUUUUUUUUGUUUUUUUUUUUUGUUUUUUUUUUGUUUUUUUUAGUUAACACAGAGUCACUGUUCUGCUGUAAACAGAUGUUCCUAACACUUUUCUUUAAAUAAAAUUCACUGAUGUAAA